AUGGGUGACGCCGACUCUGAUCCGAUCAAGAAGCUCACCGAUGCCAUCCGCGAGUUGCAGACCACUGUCGCGGCCAACGCCCAGGCCAUAGCCGCCAUCACGGCCGACCGCUCCUCGCACUCCGACUCCAAGCAGUUCCCGUACGAGCAUCACAAUGACCGCCCGCCAAGGUUCCAGAAGAUGGACUUCCCCAAGUAUGAUGGCACCAAGGACCCCCUCAUCUUCCUCAAUCGUUGCGAGUCGUACUUCCACCAGCAGAGGAUCAUGGAGGAGGAGAAGGUGUGGAUGGCCUCGUACAACCUUGACGACGAGGCGCAGCUUUGGUACAUGCAGGUGCAGACGGAUGAGGGCACACCAUCCUGGCGCCGCUUCUCCGAGCUCCUCAAUCUGCGGUUCGGGCCACCCCUACGGUCUGCCCCCCUCUUUGAGCUCGCCGACUGCCGCCGCACGAGCACCGUCGCUGAAUACCAGGGCCGGUUUCAGGCGCUUCUACCCCGCGCCGGCACCCUAGAUGAACUGCAACGCGUGCAGCUGUUCACUGGGGGGCUGCUACCACCGCUCAGCCUCGCGGUACAAGUCCACAACCCCCAGUCCUUGGCGGUAGCCAUGAGUCUGGCACGACAGAUGGAACUCAUGGAGCAGUACACGGCGGCGCCCCCCCAACCAACGGUUCGCGGACUCCUCCCGGCACCAGCACCGCGCCUCGCCCUUCCUGCUCCCAAAGCACCGGCGCCCAAUGUCACCGUCGAAGGCCGUCCCGUGAAGCGCCUCAAUCAGACCGAGCAGGAUGAACACCGCCGCCUGGGCUUGUGCUUUAACUGUGAUGAAAAGUACAGCCAGGGCCACAAUAAGGAUUGCAAACGUUUGUUCCUGCUGGACAGCUUGAUCGAGGACGACGACGACGCACCCAGCGAGGAGCCAGCCGAUGCCGAGGCCCCGGUGUUCUCCCUCCACGCGGUGGCUGGCGUCCCCAGCAAUAAUACGCUGCUGCUCCGCGUGGCCCUGGGUGCAGCCUCCCUCGUCGCGCUCGUCGACACCGGGUCCAGCCACAACUUCAUCGGCGAGGCAGCGGCGUCACGCACAGGGCUACCCAUCCAGCCGCGCCCUCGCCUUACGGCCACGGUGGCAAAUGGCGAGAGGGUGCCCUGCCCCGGCUUUCUCCGGCAGGCGGCCAUCUCCAUCGAGGGCAUGGCGUUCCACGUCGACUUGUACGUCAUGCCCUUGGCGGGGUACGACAUGGUCUUGGGCACCCAGUGGAUGGCCACCCUGGGGCGGAUCGCCUGGGACUUUGCUGCGGGGACCAUGGUGUUCCACCAGCAGGGUCGGGACAUUUGCUGGCACAGCGUGGAGUCGCGUUCGGCACCAGCAGCAGCGAGCAUCACGGCCGCCAGACCGGCCAGAUCAGGGGGUGCCACACCGUCGGACGCCACGGCUGCUACGUCACCUGGGGAUCGCCCUCUGCUCGACGACAUCCUCACCUCCUUCGCCGAUGUGUUCGCGGAGCCCUCUGGCCUGCCUCCCCAGCGCGGCCGCGCCCACUCCAUCCACCUGCUUCCUGGGGCAGCACCGGUGGCCGUUCGUCCGUACCGCUAA